AGCUAUUUGAAGGCCGCGCGCGGACGCGAGACGCUCUUUAGAGAAGAGUUGGAGUCGCUGAGAGGUUCUCUGCCUCGGCGACCUCCUCUUCCCCAGCCGCCAUUGGCUGCGCAGGACACCGGAGAAGGCUCCACUGCAGCUGUGACCCCCUGGCGAGGUGAUGGCCAAGGUGUCGGUGCUGAACGUGGCUGUCCUGGAGAACCCGAGCCCUUUCCACAGCCCCUUCCGGUUCGAGAUCAGCUUCGAAUGCAGUGAGGCCCUGUCUGACGCUCCUGGUCUGGGAUUGGAUGAACACUCGGGAAAGGGGUGCUACAGCCAGGCAGGCCUCUGCCAGUUUUGGGAUUUCUACCAGCUUCCAGCAGACUCAGUACCUGGAGUGGAAGAUCAUUUAUGUGGGCUCAGCCGAGAGCGAGGAGUUUGAUCAGAUCCUAGACUCGGUGCUGGUGGGCCCUGUCCCUGCUGGAAGGCACAUGUUCGUCUUUCAGGCUGAUGCCCCCAAUCCAUCCCUCAUUCCUGAGACCGACGCCGUGGGUGUCACUGUGGUUCUCAUCACCUGCACUUACCAUGGACAAGAGUUCAUCCGUGUGGGCUACUAUGUCAACAAUGAGUACCCAAAUCCAGAGCUUCGGGAGAACCCACCCCCAAAGCCAGACUUCUCUCAGCUACAGCGGAACAUCUUGGCUUCUAAGCCCCGGGUGACCCGAUUCCAUAUCAACUGGGACAACAACUCAGACAGGCUGGAAGCCACAGAGAACCAGGACCCCAACCCGGACUAUGGCCUUCCCCUCAGUUGCACUCCCAUCAAAAGCCUGGGCCUCCCUAGCUGCAUCUCAGGCCUCCUCCCGGAGAACUCCAUGGACUGCAUCUGAUGGGGGCCAGGCUGGUCCCAGUAGGACCAUGGCCAGUCUCCUUGCACACCUAGAGGGGACCUACAGGCCCUCAUGCUUGGUCAUCUCAAGGAUUUGAGGGCCUCUAGCUGCCUCCAGACCUGUCAGCCCCAAGGAAAAUAUGGACCCCAACCUCUCAGCUCAGGUCCAGAAGAAUCCUCUCACUUCUGACCCAUCAGCCUCUAAGAAGCAGGUACUCAUAUGCUCAUUCUUUGUGUCAUUUUUUCUUCUAUACUAUCAGUGCCUUUGAGAAGCUCUUUGAAUAUCACCUUCCUUGAAGCUUGUUUGGGCAACGCUUGGCUAGCCUUUGGCCAAAGGUUGUCACUCCUUCUCACUCCAGUUCUUGGUGUCUCAGGCAAGGAAUACUGGUUAGAAGGCAGACUUGGUACCACCAGUGUCCUUCCAGGGUGUCUAGGUCAUUUAAGUCUAACCACUGCUAGAAAAAUCCCCAAAGGUAAGCUCCCCAGGCCAUGAAGGUAUGGUGGGUACUUUGGUUACAGCCACCUUCUCAUUGUGACUGAGCCUAGCUUUCUAAGAGGAUUGCCUUGGGUAGGAGGCAUGUUGGAGGUCCUGCUUCAUGGAGUUAUCAGGGUUUGCUUUGAUGACAUAUUCUCAUGAGCUACCCAAUACUCCAGGAUAAGGAGGCAUUUGGCAGGCUGACCUGAGAAACUCCCACUCCAUCUACCCUUACCCUAAGCCCUGGGUCCCCUUGCUGCUGCUACAUGGAUGCUAUUGUGAGUGCAGUGUGUAUAUGAAAAUGCUUUUAUAUUAAAAGUUUUGGUUGGUUUAAAAAUAAAAGCACUUCAUCUAGA